AUGGAUUUUAGUAAUGAAUUAAUAAACUUCAUAAAGGAGUUGGCCCCAAGAAUGAGUAAUUAAGAGAUUAAUAAUGAAUUAAAGAAGGCUCAUGGUAGAAUUGAUUAUGAUGUGAAUUUGAUGAAUCAUGAUUGUUAAAAAAAUUAAUUGCUUGGAUUUAUAGAAACAGAAUCUCUUCAAUCAAUUGAAGAAUAUUAAUAAAAAAGCAAAGAAAUUUAAGCAUAUUUGGGUGAUAUAGUAAAAAAUUGGUCUUAAUAAUGUGCUAAAGAAAAAAGGAUAAAUGAGGAUCAUUUAAAAUAUUGUUCGGCUGUAUUGUUACCAUAUGGAUCAGUAUUAUUAGGAGUAGCAGAUAGUAAAUCAGAUAUAGAUUUAAUUUGUAUAGCACCAGAAUUUAUUGAUAGAAGGGAAUAAUUUUUUAAUGGGUAUUUAUGAUUAUAUAUAAAUAAAAGUUUAUUUUAUCUAUUGUCAAAUGAAUAAGGAAUGGAAUAAAUAAACAAAAUAGAAAGUACAUCAAAUCCAAUUAUAAAAAUGAUUUAUAAAGGUUUUCACAUAGAUAUCAAUUUCGCUUAAUUAAAUUCAGAUAGAGUUCCUGAAAAUAUUGAUGAUAAUUUAGAUGAAUUACGCAGAAAUUUAUUAUAAAGUGAAGAUAAAUCAAUGUAUGCUUUGAAUGGAAGAAAGAAUGGUAUUUUAAUAAGCAAAUCUAUGCCUGAUCAUUAAUAAUUUGUUUAGGCAUUAAAGAUUAUAAAAUAAUGGGCAAAGAAAAGAAAAGUGUCUAGCAAUAUUAUUGGUUAUUUAGGAGGUAUCAGUUGGGCUAUUUUAAUGGCUAAGAUUUGUUAAUUAUUUCCUAAAGUUGAUGUAUGUUAAACUGUUAGUUUAUUCUUUUAAAUUUAUUCUUAGUGGAAUUGGAAAGUACCAGUUAUUAUUGAUGAAUCUGAGUAAGAUUAAUUAUUAUAAUAGUCCUGAAAUAGAUACAUUUAAAACACUUUGUUGGAAGAGAGAUGAAGAUAAAAGGAAUGAUAAAAUAAUGUAAAUAAUAACUCCUGCUUAUCCAUUCUUUAAUACAACAUUUAAAGUAAAUAAAAUUACUUUUUAAACAAUAUUUCAUGAAUUUUAGAGAGGAGCUUAAAAGUUAGGAGAUUGGAAUGAAGUUUUAAGACCUUUUGAUUUUUUUGAUUGUUUUUAAUACUUUGUAGCAAUAUCUAUAGUUUCAAAGAGUUCUGAAAAUUUUCAUAAAUGGACUGGUUUUUGUGAAGCUUAAUUACCAAAAUUAUUAAAAUUAAUAGGACAUAAUGAAGGAACUUAUGAUUCAGAAAGUUUUGAAUUAAGAAUUACACCUGAUGGAGAAGAGAAUCUUGAAAAAGAUUUUAAUAAAUCUCUUACAUACUUUUUAGGACUUAAGAAAUUGAAACCAGAUGCUUGGCCUUUAUUUUUAAGAAUGCCUAUUACUUAAUUUGCAAUGGAGUUGAAUUAAAGAAAGACUUAGAAUUUUAAAAAUGAGGAUGAAUUUAAUAUGAAAAUAUAUGUAGCAAAUGUUACAGACAUUGAUUAGUUAAGAGGAAAGUUAUCACCAAGAAUGUAUGAUGAUUAGGACUUUAUUGUUAAAAAGAUUAAAACUAAUAUUGAAGAUAAAAAUGGUAGUGCUUAUUUGGUUAGAAGAAUAUCAUCUAGUAGUGGAAUCAAUUAAGAUGUAUUAAAUGAUAUGUUUUGAAAAAUUAUUAGAUCUGUGC